AUGUUAGUUCGACAUACUGAGAUGUCACAUUGUGCAAGUGUCGAUCAAUUAACGACUAAUGAAAAUGAUGGUGUGAAAAUAUCUAAGAUGAAUUCAAACCAUUCACAUUCAGAAGAGUUUCUUAGUAAUAAAUCACAUGAUAGUUCAUUUGAUAUAAAUAAUUAUAAUACUGAUGAUUUGGAAGAAGCAGUCUCUGAAUCGGAUUCAAAUUUAGAUUUAGAUUCAUUAGAAUAUACACAAUCACGGCCCGAAACGUUAACACCCCAGGUAAUAACUAGUGAUGUUAGUGAUAAAAAUGAAUUAGAAGAAUAUUACCAGCCAUUACCACCACCGAAGGAAUUAGAUCCUGAUAAACUUUAUGCUCUUUAUGCAUUUACAGGAACUGAUCCAUCAUAUUGUCAAUUGAAACAAGAUGAAGAUUGUAUAUUAUUAAACGAUGAAGAUGCUUAUUGGUGGUUAGUUAAACGAUGUAGAGAUGAUGCAAUAGGGUUUGCACCUGCAGAAUUGUUAGAAACAUUUUGUGAAAGAUUAGCAAGAUUGAAUUCAUGGAAAAAUGAACAAGCUUUACUCAAUCAAAUUCGUUAUGGACCAAAUCACCAACAAUUGAAAAAUUAUAAAAAGGGGAAUAAAUCGGUAAGUUUUAGUGAAGUUGUAAUAUACGCAGAAGAUAAUGAUGGUAAUAAUACUUCAAAUAUCGUACAGUCAAAGAAUAUAUUGGAGGGUCUCAAUGAUGAGCUACCGGAUGCAGAUAGUAUCACAAAACCUUUAAAUUUAUCUACAUUCCCAAAAUCUUCAUCAAGUUUAUUAUUAUCGGAUAAACAUAUUAUAUCCUCAUCUACAAGGAUAGGAAACUACAUAACAGAUAGUGGGCCUUUGCCAUCUCUGUCGAUUGAAGGUUCGGGUGCUACUGACAAUUCUUUGCACCCUUAUAUUGCACAUUUAUACACGCCUGUUUUUGCGCAGGUUGACGACCUAAUAGGUAAAUUGAAUACCUGGAUAGCUUAA